AUGCAGCAGCAGAGGCCGCAGAUGCAGCAGCAACAGAGCGCCCCCUGCUGCAGCAGCGGCCACAGAUGCAACAGCCGCAGCGCCACAGAUGCAACAGCCGCAGCGGCCACAGAUGCAACAGCCGCAGCAACGGCCACAAAUGCAGCAGCAACCACAGAUGCAGCAGCAGAGGCCACAGAUGCAGCAGCAACAGCGCCCACUGAUGCAGCAGAGGCCACAGAUGCAACAGCUGGAGCGGCCACAGAUGCAACAGCAGCAACCACAGAUGCAGCAACGGCCACAGAUGCAGCAGCAACCACAGAUGCAGCAGUAGCGGCCACGGAUGCAACAGCCGCAGCGGCCACGGAUGCAACAGCCGCAGCGGCCACAGAUGCAACAGCCGCAGCAACCACAGAUGCAGCAACGGCCACAGAUGUAGCAGCAACAGCACCCACUGAUGCAGCAGAGGCCACAGAUGCAACAGCCGCAGCGGACACAGAUGCAACAGCCGCAGCGGACACAGAUGCAACAGCAGCAGCAACCAUAGAUGCAGCAGCAGCAACAGCCACAGAUGCAGUGGAGAUGUAA